GGCUCGGAAAGUAAAGUUCAUCCAGGAGUUAGUUGAGAUGGUUGGGUGAAGUGGGCCCAAAUCCCUGUUGCCGGUUUCUUAUUCUCGCCACAACCCAUUACUUGUUUCAAAAGCUUCUAUCCUCCUUCCAGAGCUCUCAUGCCCUGAGAACCCAACACUCUUCCCAUGGCUGUCCACCUCCACUCUGCCUAACUUUCGAUACCAAAUCUUCUUGGCGGGUCUGCUCAUCACCCCCUUCCUUGUAUGUCAACACUGUCAAGCCUUCUUUGGAUAACCAUGCUCUGAGCAUUGCAAGCAUUGGCUCGGGAUCUUCUCACCUUGGAACCCUAAUUGGGACGCCAGGCAUAAUCAACUUCCUAAGUCCCCGGCAGAGAACGUUGCUAAAGUUCUGCCAACAUGCAUCAUUUGCAUUGCGCAACACGGAAGCUGUCUCGUUCGAUGUAAAUCUCUGGAACGCUUUGGUCAUUUUAAUUACUGCUACUGCCCUACGCCAUUGAUGUCUAUGCAAGCUUUACUUAAAAGUUCAGACGAUAGAUAAAUCCAGAUGCACCCCCUCUCUCGAGAAUAUUUUCCCUUCCUUUUACCACUUCAUCAACGGCUCUAAUCUACAGUGGUUCGUUCAUACAAUCAGCUGCCGAAAAAGUUUGAAAAUUUUUUGGUCGUCGGUCAAUCGCAUAUUACCAAGGUAUGCAUUAUUCGGCUCUCACCUAUAUCACGGCAUUAUAUAGAUAAGUUUUCGAAACGCGCACAGUCGCAUCUGUUUUGUAAACAACGGUCAACAAAACCACAACAAGCGUUCUGGAAACAUAACGCGCUGCGGCAAUACUUCAACACCUUUUAGAAUUACCCCCAGCGACCUGCGAGAGCAGUUCGCUGUGGAGGAAUCCAUGUAUGUCUGGCUAUUCACGCCACAAUCCAGGGCACGAUCCUUAUAUCAAUUAUGCUGCUCAAUCCGAAGAACAUCCAGAGCGCGUGUACGGGUCGCAUCACCCAGAGCUCCAGCAAGUUGGUGCGCAAGGUCUCGAAUCCCUUCAACUUGGAGGGCAUCAUCAACAGCAACAACAACAUCAACAACAUCACCACCACCAAGUAUUGCUAGAUCCGCACGCCAUGGCCCACCAUCAGUCCCCUCAGUAUGGAGGUGGGCAACACAUCGGGUAUAUGGGUGCGCAAAUACAACAACCAUCUAGUGUAGGGAAAAGGCCAAGAACUCAUGAGGACUUGGAUAUUGGGAUGGGAAGAGUAUCAGAAGGCCAAAUGCAUGGGCAGAUGCAAAGCAUGUCCUCACAAAUGGCUCAACAAACGAUGGGUGGUUAUGGUGGUGGACCUCAGGCUUUUCACAGCCAUGCAUUGCCUAAUCAAGGACCUCGGGGUGCGAAGGUUCCUCGUCUUGGCGAAGGGCCGGAAUCAAGUAUGAUGUCGCAAAGCGCACCUAGUGUAGUUGGUACUGCCGGAAUGCCGAUGCCUGCAGCGAGACCGCGAGGUCCAAAGUUGAAGUUCACUCCCGAGGACGAUCAGUUACUAGUAGAUUUGAAAGAGAAUAAGGCUUUGACUUGGAAGCAAAUUGCGGAGUUUUUUCCAGGGCGUUCUUCAGGGACAUUGCAGGUCCGCUAUUGCACAAAAUUGAAGGCCAAGACAACUCAAUGGAGUGAUGAGACGGUUCAAAAACUCCGAACAGCGGUCCAUGAUUACGAACAAGAAAAAUGGCGCAUUGUGGCACAGAAAGUUGGGACCGGGUUCACAUCUACAGCCUGCAAAGAUAAAUGGACUGAACUGAUGCACCCCGAUGAUUCCGAAUUACAAUCUCCAGAUCCUGAAAAUCUUCCUGAAGAUUCGGAAUAUUAAUUUCACGCAGACCAAUUUUUGUUAAGUUUCUUUUGCAUCUCAACUACCUAUCAGCACAGACAUUGCAUACCUACACAAUACUCCCCAAGCCAACACAGCCGAUUAGACUACCGACGCGACUCAGAUUUCGCUUUACAAUUUCAUUUGUUGCACUACACACAUCUACACAUACCCAGCAUACAACAUUUCCUAUUUCAAAAAUCGAAAGCAAGAAAUUCACAAAUUAAUACCGGAUAAAAGCGGCUGGAUCGCUUUUUGUCUUAUUCGUCUAUUCAUUUAUUGCUUAUUUCUGGACUUUAAUGGUCAGCUACAUUCCCAUUUCUUUAUAUUUCGUUUUAGGAAGGAAGAAAAAAGGGAGGAAAGGAGGAGCACAUAUAUACAUGGAAACUUUCGAGAUUCGGAUACACACACACACACGCACACACCAAAAAAAAAUACUAUUCAUGAUGAGAAAUGGAAGGUGUAAUUGCACAAUGGUUGGGUGGGGUUUUUACAUACCUAGGGGUAGAUGGCUGAUCGUUUGAGAGGGGGAGAGAGACAUAUAUUCUGGAUAGUUGCUUAUCAUGUUGGACAUGGUUGUUUUUUUUGGAGAACUUCAUAUACCCCUUAUUUUGAUAUGAUGAUGGAUGAUGGAUGGGCUGAGGCAAGGGGUUUUUUUGGAUGGAAUAAUGGAAUUUUUUGGAAUAUACAUACACUAUUGUAGUAUUGAGCUUUAUUUUCUUUUUCUUCUUCUUAUUGUUCUUGAUAUUGUUUGUGUUCUUGUUCUUUUUGCUUGAUUGAUUGAUGUGAUGAUGAGGGUGGUGGUGAUGGUGAAGGUGAAGAGGGGCGAAGAGUCAGUUUGAGGAUGGAUGGAUGGAUGAAUGGAUAAGCGGGGUUGUGUGAGGGGUUGAUGUAAGGGAGAGGGAGGAGGGGUGUAUAGAGAUAGAGAUGAGAGGGAUGUGAUAUAAUGUGAUGGACGGUAGGUAUUGGUGUAUGGAUUACGUUUAUGAUGUAGUGAAUGAAGAGAAUUUCUAAUUGUUUGUUUUGAAUGUUUUGAAUGUUUUGAAUAUGAGGGAUAUAGUAGUGUGUGUGUAUAUAUAUAUAUAUGUAUAUAUGUAUGGUAAAUAAAGUAGAUGAUCUAUCUUGGGGGAGCAAUUUAGUAAGUAAUUGGGGGGAUUUUA